AUGUUAAAAUCUAAAUUAUUAGUAGUUCAUUCUCUUCAAGAAGACUUAGCAACCGUCAUAGAAAAAGUCGUUUCUCUUCAUAAAAAGCAUGGACCAUUUACUUCUUGUUUAGUGUUAGGAGAAAUAUCCGAUACAUUUAAUGAGUUAGAAAGUCGUAUUUUUCCAGAUUCAGACAAUCUUCCACAGUUAUUUUUAUUAGAGAAUAAACUAUUUGAAGAAUCAGGAUCAAGAGUUCUAAAGAAUGGCGUUAAAAUUUUAGGAGGCAUAGGGGUAUUUGAAUUCUCUAAUGGAAUACGGUUAGGAUAUAACACCAUAUCAUCAAGUGAACUCACGUCAAAGAAAAAUGAAAUUUUGUCACAAUUUUCUAAGAAUACUUCAAAAGUAGACUUAUUAAUUACAAAAGAAUGGAGCGUAUCUAUUUCUCACCGAGAAAAUAGUCUUGGUGGUAAUGAAGUUAUUGAUAAAUUAAAUAAGAUUUUUGAACCUCGAUAUCAUUUUAGUUAUAAAUAUACACAAACGUUCUUGGAAUUAAAACCUUUUUUAUGGCCUGAUUCAGAUAGAAUUACACGUUUUAUGAAUAUUGCGGCAUAUAACUCAGGUUCUAAAUGGGCGUAUGCUUUUGAAUUAGAUUUAACGAGCACUCUACCUCUAAAUCUAUCCAGUUUAACUUCAAAUCCCUAUAUGGACAUAAUAAAAAAGCGUAAAUUAGACGGGAAUAAUGCUAGUAAUAAACUUUCAGCUAAUAAUCAAUUAAAUAAUACUAUGCAAGAAACACAUCCCAUUAAAAAACCGAAGAUUGUUUUACCGACUGAUUGCCAUUUUUGCUUUACAAACUCCAAUAUUCAAGACCACAUGAUUAUAUAUAUUGGCUCCCUUGCGUAUCUAACAAUUGCUAGGGGUCCAUUAACAACUCCUAAAGGUGAAAUGGGGUUUUCAGGGCAUUGCUUGGUUGUUCCAAUUGAACAUAAAGCAAAAUUACGGACAAAGCACGAGAAUGACUUUACUGCUUCUACAAAUCUAGAUAUUGAAAUGCUACAAUUAGAAAAGAGUGUUGUAGCAAUGAAUUUCUUAAAAUUUGAAAUGUGUACCGUCAGUUUUGAGAUUCAAAGCGAAAAGUCUUUUCAUUUCCAUAAACAAAUAUUCCCAGUUCCUAAGUAUUGUAUCAUGAAGUUCAAGGACUCACUUGAUAGACAAUUAUAUAUGAACAAUGAAAAAUAUACUAAAAACACUAAUCUCACGUUUAGUUUGUUUCAUUCAAAUACAGACAAGGAGUAUGAGGCAUUAGUAACAAAUCCACUUGUUAAUUAUUUACAAUUUACAGUAUACGAAACACCAUCUUCCUCGAAGCUUUAUCUUGCUCAAUUUGAUCCUGAAGAUAGAAUUGACCUCCAGUUUGGAAGGAGAGUUCUUGCUUAUAUGUUAAAUCUUCCACGCCGUGUGAGAUGGGACUCUUCGAUUUGCAAUCAGACUAGGAAGCAAGAAGAGAAUGAAGUUAACUUGUUUCAAAAGGCCUACAAGGACUUUGAACCAAGCAUUUAA